AGCGGUGAAUUACUUUAUUGAUUUCUGAUAAAGUUUAUUGAUGGUUAUCAGUUCCUGCUUUAAAUUUGUGCAUACAUUUUGCCGAAGGCUUGUUACUCAUGAUUUUAUUCCUCGUAUUUCUUUAGUUUAGGCGCUGUGAGUGAGCACGGUGGCAGUGGUUUGUGAUCAUGAAGUAUAAACUAGAUUUUUCAGAGGACCCCACGCACUCAACAUACAAAAAUGACGGGGAAAAAACAUCUAAGGAAUGUGUUGCAUCAACAUUACACACUGAAUAUGCGGCCAGCGACGUAGACACGAAAAGUGAGGCUCAGAUCGAAAAUAUCGAGAUUCAGGAAAAGAUAUGGGAAUCGCUACCAUGCUAUUACUUAGCAGCUCUGUUUGGAUUUCUCUUCCUGUUGGCGUAUUUCGCAUCGCUUAUCGACGAUGCUAUGCCCACCGUUGUCAGUGACAUUGAUGCGGGCACAACAGCCUUCAGCGAAGAGCGUUCCUGGGGCUACCUCCGCACUAUCGUCGGCGAUGGGCCGAGAGUGUGCGGGCGCCCUUACCAUAGAGAACAGACGGAGAAACUGAAGACUUUGUUGGAUGACAUAGCCAAGGAGGCGAAACAGCCUGUGAGGGUUGAGUGGCAGAUUGUUUCUGGUGACUAUUGGCUAGACUACAAGCGUCCCUUCACCAACUUCUACGACAACUCGUCCAACAUCGUCGCGAUGGUUGAGGGUGAGAGCGGGCUCAACGAUGACGGGACUACAAACUCGAGCAUACUGUUCAACUGCCACUAUGAUUCUAGGCCUACUAGUCCGGGUGCAUCAGACAACGCGUUGUUCUGCGCGGUUCUAGUCGAUGUGUUCUCGAUACUGUCCAAGAGCGAGACCAGACUGAGGCAUAAUGUCGUGUUCUUGUUCAACGGAGCUGAGGAGAAUCCUCUGCAGGCGGUGCCCGGGUUCCUCAAGCACCCGUGGUCGAAGGGAGUCACCGGGCUGGUCAAUCUGGACUCCGCCGGGAUCAACUGCAAGUCACUCAUGUUUCAGGUAACAGACACCCGGGUAGCAUCAGCCUACAGCGCGUCAGUGCCUCGACCAAGCGCUCAAGCAUUUGGCGAAGUGCUUUUCAAAUCAGGGAUAGUGCCUUCUGACACCGACUUCAGGAUAUUCAGGGAUUUCGGCGGCAUACAGGGUGUAGACAUAGCCUUCAGCAAGAUGGGCCACGUCUACCACACUCGCCUAGACUCACUAGAAACCCUCAAGGAAGGCGUUCAACAACAUUCAGGGGACAUGGUGUUAGCAUUAGCUAGGACUAUGGCUGGUGAUCCACAGUUUGAUACUAAAGCCCCGGCCCCAACAUCAGCGGUAUACUACGACUACUUAAACCUGUUCAUGGUGACCUACAGCUACACUACAGCCGCUGUAGUGGACUCUCUGGUCGUGAUAUUCGCCUUCUGUACUGUGCUGUAUUACCAGUAUAUUGUUGGUUUCCGCAAAUCAACAUCAACAGAGCUUCUCUUCAGUAUACUGAGCCGGGUACUGUCGGCGGCGGCGGGAUGCGGCGCGCUGUGGCUCGUCACCGCCCUCACUGUACAAACUACUAUACAGCUACGUUACCUGUCUAACGGGUGGAUAGUGGUCCCGAUAUACUGGAUGCCGUAUUUAACUGCCGCCGUCGCCACUUCACAGCUUUUCGACGCUUGGAGGUGUAAGAGGACAGGCCUAACCCGCACUCUCCGAGUAGCGCAAGCAAUGGCGGCCACCCGGGCUAUAGUACUCACAGCUGUGGUGUUAUUACUGCUAUUAGGUGGCACGGCGACGCUAAGGUACAUAGUGGUGAUACCGCUAUUCCUGAUGUCUGCAGCUUCAGUGGUCUCACUCAGCGUGAUCAAGUGGACUAGGAUUGCAGCCUGGCAACAGAUCCUGCUAGAAGUGACGCUGGCAAUACCGAACUUGCUAUUCCUGUUCGUGAUCGCUAUAAAGAUCAACACUCUGAUGUUGCCUAUAAUGGGAAGAACCAUCUCCACUACCCCUGACUAUUUAGUGGCUUUGCUGAACAUGAUGACUGUUAUAUUGGCCUCUAUGUCUUUGUCGGGCAUAGAACUGCUAUUCUCACGGGUCCGCCUCUGGACAGUGUUAACUCUGUUCGCGGUGGUCUGUCUAGUUGUCUCUUUCAUUCCCUUCAACCCGUAUAGAGACAGCAAUACCCAGCCGGCUCUGCAGAGGCAUGCGUGGUUUCAUUCAGAAAUCUUCACCUACAACCGAGCGGGUGAAUUAAUAGACCAGAAGUCAGGCAUAUGGAUGGGAAAGACAGAAGUGAACACCCCACUUAACGUCUUAACAUUGGCGGCACAGAAGAACAUCACUCUAGAAACCAUAGACUUUACGAGCGAUUGUUCUGAGUUCACGUAUUGUAACCUGCCUGUAAUUACUCCGAGGACUAUAGAUUAUGGGGACAACAGCAUAGUGGUACAAUUCGGAGCGCCGACGGUGGCGUCGCCGCGGCCGGCACUGGAACUAAUCAGCAGGACUUGUGAGGGGGGGAGGUGUGUGUUGGAGUUUAGCUUUGUUGGCCCACACCACAUGUCGCUAGUCCUAUCUCCAUACCCCUCAGUGAACCUGACUGGCUGGAGCCUCGAGUCUGAAGUGCGUCCAGCCGACCGGUUCAAGGACAGGCCUCUAUACUUCAUACACUACGGCAGGAAUACGUACAGUGAGGUGGUUGAGAAGAAACUCGUCAGCUUUGAGUUUGAGGUAUUAAACUCAUCUGACCCAAUAGUGGACAUAGCAUUCUCGGCUCACCGAACUGAUAGCGAGAAUGAAUUCACGCCCGAAUUCAAAGCACUUUUUGAUGCCAUGCCUGACUACUUCAACAUUGAGGCAACGCUUAGCAGUAGAUUUAACUAUGUGUUUUAGGGUUAGUAGAGGUGUAAUACUCGAAUGUUUGGCAGUUGUUGUUUUUGUUUUGUUUAGGAUU